CUCCAGCCACACCCGUCUCUCCCCGCACGUCCACCCCCCUCCGCUCAGUCGCCGCCACCCUACCCCCAUAACCUUCCUGGCGCGAGAGGCUAUCCAGCCAACAAUGCGAGCUAUGGUGGUUACGCGUCUCGCGCCGUUGUGUCUGGUGCGCCGGUCAUGAAUUCACAGGCAUCUUUCAACGGUGGUGGGUACCAACCAAGUCCAUACCCAGCAGCUACCUCAUACUACCAGCAGCAACCGACUUACGCCACGGCCACACCUCCGCAAAUAAUCAACCCCUACCCCCUCCCUAAUCAAACCACUGGGACUGGGAGAAGCGGUGGCUAUGACCCAGAAGAGGAAGCCCGAAUCGCAGAAUGGAGCAGUGCAUACGCUCCCAAGGAUAACAAAGCUGGACAGAGUGGCAUGGGCAAUGCGAACGUGACGCCCCUCGGUACCCGCCCAGCUUCUACCGCGCCUGGAGAUGCCAAAACAACUCCCGAUACUGAAGCAGGGUCUGCGGCGGGAGGAAAGCAGAAGACUGUCGUCCGCCAAGGCGGAGGAAAGGUCUGGGAAGACUCUUCUCUCCUGGAAUGGAACCCUCUGCAUCCCCGACUAUUUGUCGGGAACCUCGCUGGCGAAGUCACUGAUGAGUCCUUACUCAAAGCUUUCUCGAAAUAUCCCUCAGUAUCAAAGGCCCGAGUCAUCCGAGACAAGAGGACGACGAAAAGCAAGAGCUAUGGCUUCGUAAGUUUCGCAGAGACGGACGACUUUUUCCGUGCCGCAAAGGAGAUGGAAGGAAAAUACAUUGGCAGCCACCCCGUCAGAAUCAAACGCGCAACUGCCGAGGUCACUGCAACCAACAAACGAGACGACAAGCAUGGAAAGCAUGGAAAGAACAACAAG